AUGACAAGCCUAGACAUUGAAACAGUGGUGAACGGCGCACCAGUCAAGUUCCUCAACUCUUACAUCGGCGCCCCAAUGACGCUGGGGUACUACGUCAGCAUCGUGAGGCGUGGCGGGUGUGGUCACGUGCAUCGGGAUCAGGUCUUUUCCUGGAGUGGGCUAAAUGAGACUCUUGCUUGUGGGAACAGACUGUCUUCCCCAUCAAGUUUUAAUUCCUGCACGAUAGACAACUGCAGAAAUAAUCCCGGAACUCCUUUAUCACGUGGCCUGGCUUGCCGGAAGUUCCGGUCCUGCAACCACGAGAUGAGCUCUUGUGACCCAUUUCACAGCCUGAACACGCGCUUUGAAUCCGAGCACCCUUACUGCGCGUGCAGGAAAAACGCCGCAGCAGACGCCGAAAGACUGAAGUGUCCGCGAAUCGACGACGACGGCGGAGAAUGUGAGAUCCCCAGGCGGGACCUCGCAGCCUCCAUGUCGAAACUCCCCUGCCUGUGUUUCUAUAAAACAUUAGCGUUGUACCCUUAUUUAGAAUUGGGAAAACCCGAAAACGGUGCUCAAAGAGUAAACAACAGUCGUGUUCAGUGGUUUAGUAAAGAGAUGGUAAUUACCGCCCCUGCGAAGAGUUACACAACGUGCCCUUGUUGAUUUAGUUGUGAGCUGAGCUUCUGUAAACAAUCGACUCCGCGAAGCAUCAAACAAUACAACUUUACCUAAAGUGUCGUGACAUUCUUCGAUAUUGGGAUUUAGAUGAACCUGUCUGAAAAUACUGUGUGUAAAAUCGAGUAUUUAUUCUGCUUACAAAUUUUAAGAUUGUACCACUGUGUUCAAUGAAAAGCAAGGUUUAGCAUAUUCAGCGGUGGAAACAAUUAUGUCUUAUCAAAACUGUGUCAGGCGAACUGAAGUGGCCAGAAUUUGAAAAUUCUACACUUAGUGCAUUGUUGCCAGGAAUGAAUUUUUCU